AUGGAGAGAAUAUCAAAUAGAACUAAUAAUGAAAAUAGCGAUCGUUCGGAAUUACCACCACCUCCACCAUAUACAAGUGUUAUUUAUAAAACAGACAAUCAUAAUUUUGAUUCAAACUUACCACCCAAUUAUUCAGAUGCCAUUGGUCAAUCAGUUGUCUAUAUUAAUAACUAUCCAGGCCCACCAAUAACAGAUGGUUAUGUACAAACUACUCAAGACAAUAUAUCGACACAUCAAGAGAACUUCAUGUCAAAAACAACUCGUAUUUAUUUAAUUGUAAAUGCACUUAUAAUGAUAUUAUUUGGUCUUAUUUGUGUUGGUAUACAAAUAGGUAUAUUAACAUCACAUUCAAUUAUCUAUUAUUAUUAUGGAUUUUGGGGUGGUGGAUUUCUUGUUGGUAUCGGUAUAACUAUUCUUAUAUUGUUUAAACGUCGUAAUCAAAUAGAUUAUACAAAUAUUUUUUAUUCAUUUUUUUGGCAUACGAUAUUUGUAGGCAUUGUAUUUGCUGUUGGCCUGGUUAUUGUAUUUACUGAUAAAUGUGAUGAUAACGCAACAGAAAAUGUUGGUAAUAGUCAAAUGUGUAGACACUCAUAUAAAUUACUGAAUGGAAUUUUACUUGGGAGUUUUGCGUUGGCUCUUGUACAAUCAAUUACUAAUACAUUUGUUUUUGGGUGUCUCAAAAGGCGACAUUCGAUAAUUCCAAACUCAAUAUCUUAA